AUGACGGUCCAUGAAGAAACCUUUAGAGAUAGGCUUGAGGGCAUGAGUCUCCCAACCAAAACACCCCAAGAAAUCGAUCUGUCCAAAGACCUCGAUGAUGGAAUCUCAUUAAUCAUUGACUGGAAGUCCGAUUUAAACACCAUUGUGCCAGCCAUCGUGCCUUCAGUUGAUACAUACCUCUCAUUCAAACCAGACCGUACUUACGUCCUCUUUGGGCUUACUAGCGAUCUCGGCCAGUCCUUGUGCGAUUGGAUGAUUAGUCAUGGGGCUCAAAAUCUAGUAAUGACUAGUCGAAGCCCCAAGGUUGAUCCAAGGUGGCUAUCAGCGAAGGCAAAGGCUGGGAUUUCAGUCAAGGUGUUUGCCAAUGAUAUUACCGACGAGCAAGCUCUUCAGGAUGUGGUCAAAGAAAUCCAAAGAACCAUGCCUCCCAUUGCUGGUAUCGCCAAUGGCGCUAUGGUGCUUCGCGAUAAGCUUUUUCUUGACAUGCCACUGGAGAUGAUGACUGAAACUCUCCAUACGAAAGUUAAGGGCAGUAUCUUUCUUGACCGGAUCUUCAGCAACACUGUUGAGUUUAACCUUGAUUUUUUUGUGUUCUUCUCAUCAAUCGCUGCUGUUACAGGCAACCGAGCUCAGUCCAACUACAGCGCCGCUAACAUGUUCAUGACGGCUUUGACCCAAAAUAGAAGAGCACGUGAUCUGCCUGCGUCCGUUAUGCAUAUCGGAGCAAUCAUGGGCGUAGGCUAUAUGGCUCGAAAUUUGACCCGGGCCAUCUUGGACAACCUCUGGAGUGCCGGCGCCACGUGGAUCUCCGAGAAAGACUUCCAUAACUGUUUCGCCGAGGCUGUAGUAGCAGGCCGACCCCAAAAUCAUGUUAACAAUGACCCUGAAUUCAUUGUGGGGUUGCGCCAGCUGAUUCAUGGUCAUGACAACCCUGAAAAGGUUCUUGUGAUGGGAGACACCCGUUUCAGCCACUUAGUUAUCAAAGACAUAUCGCCUGAGGACGAUCCUUCCCACGGAGCCAACUCAAGGAAAUCGACCUCUGUUAAAAGUCUCCUUAAGAGCGCAAAGUCUCAAAAGUCUGUGGAAAGAAUCGUUCGUGAGGGCUUUGUUGCAAAAUUGAUAGCCACACUUCAGCUAGAUGCCGAAAUACCCGAAGCUGAAAUUCUUGCUGCGCGAGCAGACGAACUUGGCGUUGAUUCAUUGGUAUCAGUCGACUUUCGUGCUUGGUUUUCCAGCGAGAUGGCAGUAGAGAUGCCUGUGCUCAAGCUCCUGGGCGGCUCGACAGUGUCUGAACUGAUCGCUUUCUCAUUGGAAAAACUUCCCUCUACGUUCACACCUAGGCUUGGGGAAGCUACAGAAGACACGGAAGAAGAUGAAGCGCCAGACGUCGAUCCUGCGAUGGAGCAUGUCAAUCACAAAACCCCAACACGAAUGGAAGGACCGACUGCUGCAGAGGCCAAUUCCAUAAGCGAACCUCCACCGAUCCCACUCUUCAGCAUGCCAGAGGUCCCGUCCGAUAUUGAGACCAGAGGGCUAAUGAUGCCAGUCUCAGACUCCUCUAGGUCUUCACCUUCACUACUGGACGACCACUUUACAGAUAGUGAAAAUGAGGGCAUUAUCUCGUUCCCAAACUCGGUCGGAUCAACUUCGCCUGAGCCAACCAGCCCAAUAAAGCCUCAACUCAAUGAGGGGAACAAGAGCAUUCCCUUAUCUGCCGGCCAAUCACGCUUCUGGUUUUUGAAUCAUUAUGUAACAGACAAGUCCGCUUUCAAUAUUACCUUUUGGGCCAAGCUGAGAGGUGAGAUUCGAAUCGACGCUCUUUCCAAGGCUGUGGAGGCUGUUGCUGCGGCUCAUGAGUCUUUACGUACUACAUUCACAACGAUACAAGAUGGAUCUGUAGUUCAACUAGUGAAGAAAAAGUCACGUCUAAGACUAGAGCACUUCCACAUCCGCAAUGAGGAAGAAGUCAAAGCUCUAUUUGAUACUUUCAAGUCGUACGAAUACGAUCUUGAGACGGGGGAUCUACUAAAUUUCAGUUUGCUUCAAUCGUCAGAACACGUUCAUUAUCUCGUCAUCGGUUACCAUCACCUUAUUAUGGAUGGUGUUAGUCUUGAAGUACUGCUCAAUGACAUUGAGAAAGCCUAUUUUGGCGAAAAUCUGCCAAGUCCAGUUCAAUAUUCCGAAUACUGUUUGAAGCAGCUUCAAGAUCUUCGGUCAGAUGUUUUUGCAGCGGAAAGGGAAUAUUGGAUCACCGAGUUGACCAACCCCGUCCCUGAAACUAUUCCUCUUCUGCCAUUUGCAAAGACGACCCAGCGAGUUUCACUGGAGAAAUACUCACACGAACAUGUUCAGGGCUCAAUUAGCGCGGCUAUUACAAGAGCCAUCAAAGCUGUCUGCCAGCGCACUAGGACUAACAUGUUCCAAUUCCUUUUGGCCACAUUCGCCGUGCUUUUGAAUCGGUUCAUGCAAGUUCAGGACUUUUGCAUAGGCAUGGCGGAUUCUGGGCGACAUAUGGGCGAAUACGCUCACAGCAUAGGCAUGUAUCUGAACUUGUUACCGCUGCGAUUUACUCUUGAUGGCUGUCAAAAUUUUGAGGACAUUUUGAAACAAUCGCGACGGAAGGCGCUAGCCGCCGUAGCUCAUGGGCGCUUGCCCUUUGAUACGAUACUUCAGUCAGUGGGAGUUGAGCGUUCUGCCACGCACAACCCUCUUUUCCAAGCCUUUAUCAACUAUCGCUCAGGAGUCAGCGAAAAGCGCACAUUCUGUGGUUGCGAGGGCCAAGGAGAAGACUGGUCCAGCGGAACAACUUCGUACGACAUCAUGUUAGACGUCAUUGAGAACCCAGGAAGCGAAAUAACUCUCCGCUUUGAUCUGCAAGAAUCUCUUUACUCCAAGGACAACGCACAUACUCUGAUGGAUAGUUAUUUGAUUCUGCUUGAGAUUUUUUCUCGGAGCCCAACUUUACCAAUCCAUGAGCCAUCUCUUUUCUCACCCAACGAGGUUCAAAGAGCUUUGGCACUUGGCAAGGGUCUUGAUCACGUUUCUGCAUGGCCUGAAACUGUCGUACAUCGUAUUGAUAGGAUAUCGACUCAGCAGCCUGGUGCUUUGGCAAUAACCAAUGGCUUUGCAUCUUCAAUCACGUAUGGUGGCUUGCGAAGAAAGAUACAGACCAUUGCCAAACUCAUUACGGACAAUACUAACGCCGGAAAAAGUCAUCUCGUCGGGGUCUUCUGCGAGCCAUCCAUCGAUUCUGUGUGCAGUUUGCUGGCAGUAAUGUGGGCUGGUUUUGCCUACGUUCCGUUAGAUCCAACCCUACCAUCUGGACGGCUCACAGCACUGGUCGAGACAGCCAAACCUGUUCUUGUUUUAGCACACAGCGAAACAGUCAAUCGCAAAGCGGAUUUGGGGCCCUCCUCGAAACGAAUCCCGGUAAUCAAUAUUUCCGAUCAAUAUGAGCUCGCUCAUGCCCAUGUUCCAAUCUCCGCCAAGCCUCAUGACAAUAUGGCGGUACAUUUUACAAGCGGAACCACAGGCAUCCCUAAGGGAGUUGUUCUCUGUCAUAAUACCGUUGUUAAUGUUGUUGAAGCCUGCGCCGACAUCUACCGUACAGCAUCAAGCGUCGUGCUUCAACAAACAGCUUUGAACUUUGACAUGGCGCUUUGGCAGAUCCUUGUAACUCUCUGUUCCGGGGGUAAGCUAGUUGUCGUACCGCAAGACAAAAGGCUUGAUAUGGCUGCCAUAACGCGCCUCAUUCGUCAAGAAGAGGUCACUCUUACCAUAGCCACCCCGUCUGAGUACUCUUCCUGGCUUUCAUACGGGUUCGAAGACCUCAAACACAAUAGACAAUGGCAGAUUGCUGUUAUUGGUGGAGAACAGUAUUCAUCUCAGGUGGAUACAGGCCUGAGAAGUCUGCAACUUCCACAUUUACGGUUAAUGAACUUUUACGGACCCUCUGAAGUCAGCUUUGUCUCUCAUUACAUGGAGGUUUUUCCUGGGAUAGCCGCAAAAGAGGAGCCGGUGCCUGUGGGCUUCCCACUCUACAACUAUAGCGCCUAUGUUCUGGACUCCCAGCUAAAUCCGGUGGCCCCUGGGAUGAUUGGGGAAGUUUUCAUCGCUGGUUCUGGCGUCUGCAAGGGUUAUUUGGGUAACCCGGAAUUAACCAACCAGAAGUUUUUGAAUGACCCUUUUGUGCAUUCCGACUUUGCCACUAAGCGUGGUUGGACUCGGAUGUAUAGGUCCGGAGACAAAGGCAGGAUCAACCAGGAUGGCACGCUCUCUAUCCUUGGACGUAUAGAAGGCGAUGCUCAAGUGAAGAUCAGAGGAGUUCGGAUGGAACUUGAGGAAAUCGAAAGAGCCAUUCUCAAACGCUCUGGCGGCUUACUCGAGCAAGUUGUCGUGUCGCCCCGAGGGGAAGGAGAAAAUAAGUUCCUUGUGGCGCAUGCACUUCUUAGUACCAAGGAAAAUAACGCCGACAAUAUCGAGGGACGGCUAAGGGAAAUCCUGCAAAGCAUCACAAAUCUUCCCAGAAUCAUGCAGCCAGCUGCCAUUAUUCCGGUUACAACCCUGCCCCUGACUGUCCACAAGAAGUUGGAUCGUAGGGCAGUGGCAGCUUUGCCUGCGCAGAUACUGCCAUCGAGGCAAGGUUUUGACUCUUCUAACGAUCCGGAACCAGCGUUGAGCCCUGAGCAACAGGAUAUGUUGCGGCUUUGGAGCUACACCCUUGGGCGAGAUCCCAUCGAAGUCUCGGGAUCAGCCUCUAUGAUCGACUUUUUCAACCUCGGUGGCACUUCUCUCCAGCUUUUAGGUGUUCAAGCUGCCAUCAAAAACCACUUUCAUGUAUCUGUUCCAGUAGUGGAACUUUUCAAGAACAGCAGUCUCAAGGCUAUGACAGAAAUCGCCACUAUUGGGACGGAAUCUCCUGUCACUGAUGAAGCCGCUAUUGAUUGGUACAACGAAACUCAGUUGCCAGAUGUCACUGCGAGUUUGAACAGAGAUCACACAUGGCCACUACGCAACGAUACAGUUCUACAGCCACCCCGGGUCGUUGUUCUCACUGGCGCAACAGGCUUCGUAGGCCAAUCCACUUUGCGUUCUCUCUUGAACACACCUUCCAUCGACACAGUUCACUGUCUUGCAGUCCGAGAUCCCACGCGUUUGGGCAACUUGAGAAACAACCACAAAGUGGUAAUUCACAUGGGUGACCUUCGUCACCCAUCACUGUCUCUGGCUGCUGAGGUGGUGACGAGUCUGGCGCAGACCGUCGAUCUGAUCAUUCAUAAUGGCGCCGAUGUGUCUUUCAUGAAGUCAUAUUCAUCUCUACGUGCCCCCAACGUAACAAGCACCAAGUUCUUGGUAACAGAGAUAGCGGCACCGCGGCGCAUACCGAUCACGUAUAUCUCGUCAGUCGUCGUCGGGCGACUUGCACCAGAGAUAGCUGUUUUUGCCCCAGUGUCAAUGUCUCACCGACCGCCGCCGCCUGAUUAUAGUGAUUCGUAUGGUGCCUCAAAAUGGGUGAGCGAAGUCGUGCUAGAGAACGCAAACCGAGAUCUUGGGAUUCCGGUGACAAUUCGCCGGCUGUCAAGCGUAACAGGGACGGGUAUUCCAGACUCAGACAUCAUGGGCAACCUUGUUUCUUAUUCCGAGGUCCUCGCCUCUGUACCAAUCACUACGAAAUGGAAGGGUGUGUUGGACUUCGUGUCAGUCGAUCAUGUGGCACAGGCCAUCGUUGCUGAAGGCAUGCGACGUAGCCGUGGUGACGAAGUCCGGUAUCGACAUGACUGCUCGGAUGAAGUUGUUCCUCUGAACAACGACGGUAUCAGUAGUUUCAUCAGUAGGCGACUUCAUGGACGGAAUGUGUCCGUCGUACCCAUGUUGGAGUGGAUUGAGUUGGCUAGAAGGGCUGGGAUGAGCGAUUUGGUUUGCACGUUGUUAGAACAGACGGAAAAAGAGUCGACUGUAACAUCAUUUCAGAGAUUGUUGAAAUCAGGUUAA